CCCAUCUUUCUGAUGGGCAUGAGGUACUACUUCAGUAGAAAAGUUAUCCUCCACUAUCUCGAUUGUGCGCUGCAUACGGACAUGUCCGAUAUUGAGCAAUAUUACAUGAAACCGCCAGGCUCCUGCUUCUGGGUCGCCGUCCUGGACGGCAACGUGGUGGGGAUCGUGGCGGCGCGGGGCAACGAGGAGGACAACACGGUGGAGCUGCGCCGCAUGUCCGUCGACUCCAACUACCGCGGCAAAGGGAUCGCCAAGGCCCUGGGCCGCAAAGUGCUGGAGUUUGCCGUGCUCAACAACUACUCCUCCGUCGUGCUGGGAACCACGGCCGUGAAGAUGGCAGCCCACAAGCUCUACGAGUCCUUGGGGUUCAAGCACGUGGGUGUCGUCGAACAUUACGCCCUGCCAGGGAUGACGCGCUCCUUACUGGAGAGAAUGUUUUUCCAGCUCCGCUACCACCGCUACCGCCUGCAGCUGCGGGAAGAAUAAAAAAAACCCAACCA